AUGAAAAUUUGGUUUAUCCAACAAACCAUAUUUUAUAUUGCCAUCACCCUCGUGAGAAAGAUAGCUUGCUCCUACAAAAAUGAAAACAUAGAAGAGUUGAAAAAAAUCAUAAACAAUGCGGAACUGUAUGCUAAUUUGGAGAAGCUAGAGAAUAUGAUUCUGCAGACCCUGGAACAGGAUAAGUUAAAAUUACCCAUCGUAAGACAUGAUGUUAGGAGAUAUUUUGAUUAUUCCAAAUUUAAACUGAUCCCAUUUAAGGCAGCAAGUCACCAUGAUCGGGAAUACAUUGUCCCGACUGUCAACUCGGAAGCAGAAGACAUCAUAAAAUAUGAACAUGCGUUAAAAACACAAGUCGCCAUAGACUACAAACACGAACUCUCAGAUUUGAUUAAGAAGAAAAUAUUAAUCGUACGGACACUAAAAAUUAUUAAAAUUAUGCAAAUUCCGAUGAAGGAAUAUAAAACGAGCUUCAAACUCAAUGAGGCUUUACUCAAGUUGAAUAAUAUAUUCACCAAUAAAAAUGACCCAAAAAAUGAUGAAGAACUUGGCACCCGCAUGAUGAAGGAACGUAUUUUUGGGAAAAGAGGCUUCUCAGGAAAGACUGUCCGAAAGAGGAUGGCUCUCUACAUGCCCAUAGAAUUUCAGAUGGAUAUUAUCAACUACAACGAUUUGCUCUUCACUUACCAACCCAAUAUUGAACUGAUGAGGAAGUUGGACCGCAAGGCCAACUACUUCGACAUCGGCAUAUUCAAUUACGUAGGUUCUCAUUUCAUAGCCCUCGGACACUUCAUCCUCCUCAAACUGGCCCACAAGCACUACAACAAAUACUUCGAAAUUGGAAACCUCAAGUACCACAACUGGCAUAGCAUCCUACGGUUCAACCAUGCAGACAGAUACAAAGUGUUAGAUCUCCUCUGUAACGAAAGUAACUCUUACGAAGGAAAUAAAAAGAGGAGAGAACUAUACUUAAAAAAUAACAUCUCCUCAACUAUAGAAGAGUGUACCAUCUUGGAAUUCCUUGUACAUCAUAUCAAUAAAUAUCAAAUGGAGCUAUUCACAAAUGCUUCCAAAUUAAACUUAAAUCUACAAAUGCUAAUGGAAAAUUCUCACUUAAAAGAAAAAUAUUUUGACUUUAUGUGUAAAAAGGGUAGCGGUGGAGUGUGUACCAUCUAUGAUGGUCCUAAGUUUAAAGAAGAGAAUCAGGAGGAUAUGCCAUUCGUGGAUAAGCAUAACUAUACCUUCGAACAGACUAAACUACUUUCCCCCAUAAAGAGCAAUCCGUAUGAUAUUUAUACAAACUACGAAAAUUUCAUAAAGUACUAUAACGAGUUUAAUGGGGAUCAGGUUCUUUACAUCCACCUGCUCAAUCUUAUCGGCCUUUUCAGUAAGACUUUGUCCAGUACCUGCUUUUUAAGAGAUGGACAUUUGGGUGCCUAUGUCGGGUCUCUCUACCUGCCAGGAUACUACAACGCGAUACAAUUGGCUUACGAAGACAACCAAUCGAUGAAAGAUCUCUCUGAGAACCUCGUCAAAUGUAAGCAUGAAGACGGCAUAUCGGACAGCCUAUCCCCAGCUGCAGGCUGAAUGUGCUACAGUAGGACUAAGAAGAACAAAUCCAUAGCCUUCAAAAUCGGCUCCAUAUUUAAAAACAAAAAGUUCGACUCUUCCAAGUGCAACAUAUGCGAAGGAACCCUCUUCUACAUUAACAACCAAGUACAGGACAGCAUGUCCAUGCUGCAAAAGUACAACGGAUAUAUGUCGAAGGUGCUCAAGGUCAACAUUGUAAGUCACCUGAUUAGGCAUAUGAAUAUAUAUGAAGAGUACAACAGUUUCCUAAUGCACGACUUGAACUGGUUUACCUUCCUCUUCCUGUUUAGGAUGACUACUUAUAGAGAUAUCGCGCAGUACAGCAUAUCCAACGCCAUGUAUCUGUACCUACAAGACGAAGACACGAGAAAGAAAACCAUGGUGACGUACCACUGGUAUCCCUCCUACUUGAAGAAGUACAUCACGAACCGCUCGAGGAAGAACGAGGCAGUGAACCUGCUGGAAGGUAACACGCGGCGAGGGAAACAGGAGGAUUUGCGUGCAGAUGGCUAGAUGCUAGACAAGGACAUCAUCGAGAAAAUGAAGAAGUGUAUCCAGUUUGUAGUCCAUGUGAACUCCGUACUGCAGAUGGAUUUCUUUUACUACCUAAACGAAACACCACUAGGUCAGCAACAUCCAUAUGGUUUGACGAUGGAAAUUGAAGGGAAGUUCAGCGAGUGGUUCUCGAAUUACAUGUAUAGCUUCCCCUUAAUAAAUUACGAACACCCCAAGGGAAGGUAUAACAUGCCAGAACAAGAAAAAAAGGGACAGUUCGUGGCUCCCAAGUAUAGUAAAUGGACCUUGCAUUUGAAGAAAAUCAUCGAGCAGUCCUUUAUCAACCAUUUUAAUCAAAAACACGUCAAGACGUUGCUCAAAAAUUUUGGGACAUACAACAUAAGUAACAAAAUUAUGCUCCUCAGAGAUUCAUAUGAACUCUACCUAAAAAAUUUUGAAAAUAUUUACUUCCUUGGGGAUAUUAUGCUUUUGAGAAAAUUUUUCGGUGCUACUCCUAAAUCGAUUAUCCUAAGGCAGCAGGUGCACUACUUCCUUCACAACAUCUUUGGGAACCCCCUGAACUUCUACAAGUUCGGUUUGAUCUAUGGGUACACUUUCAACAAGGUUUAUCUCAAGGAAAUCGUGGAAGCCUUGUACGUGAUCUAUCAGAUGAACCAGGCCAUUUUCACCGAGAUGUCCUUCCUGCAGACUGUUCGCUUGCUCUUCAGGAAGAUUCAGUACAGCUUCUUCUCGCACAGGCGCAACGACGACAUAAGCAUGAACAACAUCUUCUUCUUCAGCGUGCGCCAGGACUACUCCAAGCUCCAAAAGGAAGUACGGGAGGAAGAAAUCCACCUGUCCAUGGCCUCCCGAUUUUACGAAAAAACCAUGUAUACGCUAUUUCAAAUGAUGUUCGUUACACGUAUAAGUAGACACAUAAACAAGCUAGACAGAAAAUUUGGAAAUGCCAGCAUGCUAGGUCUUGCAGUGGAAGAAGAACCGGCGCUCAAGUUUAAGUACGUCUACUAUGGCAGUAUGUUUGAUAGUAUCUUAAAUGUCUUCUUCCCCAUGUUUAUAAAAAAACCUGUCGUUCAGCUCAAGUACGGAAAGACCUUUGUGCUGGCCAACAUGUAUCAGCUGGCGUCAAAGCUAUUUGCACUCUACGAUUUGAACAAUUUGAGUGUACUCUGCGAUUAUCAAUCCAUGACGAGUGCCAAUACUUACGUCUUCCACAAGGCGAUGAAGUUUCUCGACAAAAAGUUUUUGCCCAUGGUCGUGGCGGCCUUCUUUAUGAAGAUCGACAUGGAGAUAACGGAAGCGAAAGGAACGGGCGGCUUCUGGCAGACGUACUACGAGUCCCGACUCCAGGGAAACAAGAUCAUACCAUAUUUCGCUUACCUGUCCAUCUAUACCGGUGGAAACAUAUUCAUGCGGAACCAUUUGUUCUUCCCGAACCCGCUGGGCGAAGAACUGUCAAAGCAAACGGAAGGUCUCGUAAAUGCUCCUCCAAAAGAAAAGCCAGAGACACAUCGAAUUAGUGGCAUAGUUUUAAUGGGAAUGGUCCACUCCCUGUCAAUUUCAUUCUUCGUUUUUACUAUUCUAAGGUGGUAUGCCUUUUACGACAACGUUAUUUUUCUAUUACGAAACACUUUCCGUAUCUUCGACAGAUUCUACAGCAUCCUCGAAAACUAUGUUAAUACAUUCAUAAAAAAAAUGUAUAACCGAGUUACAGCGGAUGUUCUACUUAAGUCAUUGAGACGGGCCUAUGACAGAUCCAAGAAUGAAGGAUACUAUGAGGAGGGUAUUAUGGCCAGAAUUAACAAUAAACAAUUUUCACAAAAGGAAGAAAGUGAGGAGUCUUCAGAACCACCUCCCGUCUUGACUGAAGUUGACAUAGAGGAUGUUCAGGACAAUAGCAGUCUUUUUUAUGUAGACAACGAGUCCAUGUUCGAUGAACUCGAUGAUGAAGAACUGUUUUUAAACCAGAGAGAUAUUAUUUUUUAUGAGGAUAAUGUUGACAAGAGGGGCAUUUACAACUUUGUCCCCGUAGCGAAUACGCUUUAG